ACUUUAUCAAGUCGUCACGAUCGCGACGAUACACGUGAGAAGUUUACGGUUGGAUCGGCAGUAUUCACUAAAAUAAUGAUAUUCGCUGUACUUUUGAUUUUAUUCAGUGUGGUGUCAAAUGCUACCAUACAUAGAUUAAACGUGCCUAGAGUUUUGUUGCCGGUAUUCAAUGACUUCGCUGUAAAUUUUACACUCGAAGUUACCGAUGGUGCUUGCUAUCAAUGGUCAACGUCACGUUUGGAUAUAAUUCAGUUGAUUCCUAUAAAUGAAAAUGUUGAACGGACUUGUUCCUCUGCAAUUCUAAUUCAAACCAUAACAAGAGAAUCUACUAGAAAUACAGCGAUAGUAUUGGCAGAGGAUGUCAAUAAUGGACAAUUUUUACGAUGUGAUGUUAUUGUUGAUGCAAUUUUUUCUUUAAAUCUUGUCACAACUACGAGAGAAUUAUACAUAGAAGAAGCACCAGAAGCAUUUGAAGUACGAGCAUACGAUGAACAAGGUAAUGAAUUUACAACACUUGCGGGAGUUGAAUUUUUUUGGAGUAUAGAUAAUGCUGAUAAACGUAUGCCAGAUGGUAAAAUAUCAACUGAUGUUCUGAGAUUUAUAACUUAUCAAGAAUCACAUUAUGAAACUCCUUCGACUGUUGCUGCUUUAGAUGCAGUUGGCAAGACUGGGCAUGUUGUGCUAUUAGAAGGAAUAAAAACUGGCACAGCAAAGGUUUCUGUAAGAUUACCUUAUCCGGAAUAUAAACAUGUACCGCCAAUACAAGUAGAAUUGAUUGUAAUAGCUAAUUUAAUUAUCAUUCCAUCGGACAUAACAGUAAUGGCAUAUGAUAGGUUUAAAUAUAAAAUAAUGCAAGCUCGUCAAGGUCGCUUAGAAGAAAUAAAUUUGCCGUCCAGCCAGUAUUAUUUAGAAGCUGAAAUUCCAGACAUACUAGAAAUUGAUAAUGAUCACGACUAUGCGUAUGCCAAAUCAUUAGGACGCACUAAAGUUCUUUUGCACGACAAAAAUGUCCGUGACGAAUAUCCCGUUAUUUUGCCAUCUGCUAUGGUCAAUGUAAACGAUGUAGCUUACAUUACCCUUGCUGUUUUACCUAAUAGAAAUUGGGGUUUAAUACUUGGUCACACUCAUGAAAUUAUAGUUGAAUUAUAUGAUAACAAAGAUCAUAAAUUCUAUAUUGGAGAAGGUGUAGAAGUGUCGAUGAAGUUAGACGAACAUUAUUUUGAACCAAAAUCAGUAACACAAAAUGGUACUUACGUUGUCGGUGUGCCUAUUACAUGUGGAACAAUGACCAUUGAAGCUACUCUUUAUGGUAUAAUCGAUAAACAUGGUAAAAAGAUCCCGGUUGUAUCAAGACCUGCUACCAGAGCUGAGCUUUUGAUUCACACUCCAGUCACUAUUCAGCCUAAAGUGUUGGCUGUCCCAUGGGAUUUUAAGGCGAAAUCAAGAUAUGAUAUUGUGUUAAAAGCAAGUGGAGGAGAUGGAUCGUAUGUAUGGUUGAGUAGACAUCCAUCCAUAGUAACAGUUUCUCAAAAUGGCGGGAUAAGGAUCGUAAGUGCAGGUGCAACAGAAAUAAGUGUGGCAAUGACAAGAAAUCAGUAUAAUAAAGAUAUAGCAAGGGUAUACGUAUUACCACCUUCAAAGCUAAAAGUAGUAGAGUACAGUAUGGAGGUAUCUGUAGGAGAACCAAUUUAUCUUCACAUUGCAUUAUAUGGGAAAUUAAUCAAUGGGUCAGACUCCAAAGAGAUACCUUUCAACGAUUGUAGAGAUAUCAGUUUUGAAACAUACAUACCUGAUAGCAACUUUAUGCAAAAUGAUAGCAAGGUUGUAGAACCCAUUGGCAUUGCGUGUGCCGUUAUAACAAUUACUAGUAUGGAUAUUGGAACGUCCGAAGUAACAGUAGUAUAUAACGCUAAUGGUCAAUAUUUAACUGAUAACAUCACUGUGUCAGCUUAUGAGCCUUUAGUAGCUGUACAUCCAAGUAGCAAAGAAAGUUUGUUAGCGGUGGGAUCUUCGAGAAAAAUCGUUUUCAAAGGUGGACCCCAACCACGGUCUAGUAAAUCUCAAAGUUAUUUACAAAAUAUUCAGGUAUCCGACCCAAAAAUUGCUGAGGUAAUUGAACAUGAAGAUUUACCAAAUGAAUUAUACAAACUAUCGGUUUUCGAAGUAAUGUGUAAGGCUCUUGGGGAAGUAGUUUUAACUUACACAAUUUCAAAUGUUCCUUUACUACCAAAUUGCAAAAGUAUGUACGCAAUUGCAACGGUACGAAUUAUUUGUGGUAAACCCAGACAUAUUUAUCUGAAACCUGAAUAUAAAGAUAACAAAAAUUGUCCUAUGAGUCUUAAUACCGAGAGAGUAAUGGCACAUAGCGAUAAAGAUUUAAAACUUCUUAUUAUAGUAAAAGAUGAAGAAGGCAGAACUUUUGAUAAUAUUACGAGCUUAUACAUUGAAUGGAGCUUAAAACCCUCGUCUGUAGGUUUUGUUGCAACGUCUCCCGGAUGUAGGGAAGAAACGCUUACAGAUAUGAAUGUAGUUUUACCAAAGAAUUACUAUCAAAAUGUUAUCUUCAAAAAACAUUCUGGUGUUCUUACAUUAACAGCUACUGUUACGGGUUAUCAAAAAUACAUUCUGAGUAAAUUGAAAAUAAUACCUGAAUGGCCACCAUUUGCCAUUGAAACUGAAAGGAGAAUCUAUGAAACUCCACUUAUAGAGGCUUCCGUGCAAAUAGUUUUAGUUAAUGAUACCAGUAUUAGUCCUAAUAAAUUGAUGGUAUUAAAUGAUCCUACCGCAAAAUAUUAUUUACAAGUUAGUCAAGGUUCUGGCUAUUACGAAUUUGUGUUGAGUACGGAUGACAUUGCAGAUGUUCGGUAUAUAGAGUCAACAAAAACAAUUAGCAUAACUCCCAAAACAUCUGGAAUACUUAACUUAGCUUUGGUAGAUCUUUGUUUACCUUCAAAAUCGGCUGAAGCCGUGAUUGAAAUACAGCAGCUUGCUGUUAUAGAAAUAGAAACGGUAAAUAAAAUCGAGAAAGGGAAAUGCAUAGUGGCUGCAUUAAAACUUUACGAUACAAACGGGCAUAUAAUAAAAUUGCCAUCUUUGAACGUGUUAGAAUUUAAAGCCGAAGUCAAUAACGAAUGUAUAGAAGUUAAACAAUUACCUUCUAGCGAACAUGGCAAUCCUCCUUAUGAUCAAUUGUUGUAUAUGAUAUAUGGCAUGGCCGAAGGAGAAUCUCAAUUAACAUUCGUAAGUAAGGGAGGUGAUAAAGAAAUACAGAGUGAAUCAGCAACUAUUCAAGUCUUUCUUCCUUUAAGAGUUUUUCCAAAGAAUCUAACGAUAUUAGUAGGCACCGUCUAUCAAGUGCAAACAAUAGGAGGUCCGUCAAAUGCAGAAAUUGAAUUUUCUACGAAAAAUAAUGAUAUUCUGAAUAUCGAUCGUAGCGGUAUAUUCGAAGGAAAAUCAGUUGGACAAACAAAAAUAAUUGUUAGAGCCAUUGGUCUUAAUGCCAGAGGUAGCAAAGUCAUUUAUUCCGAAGACUAUACUGACAUACAUGUCCUGUAUCUCGAAGGCAUUAAAAUUGUUGUUCCAACGAGUAGGAUAAAAGUGGGUGCAACGUUCCCGCUUUGGGCGUUUGGUAUUCCAGAUUAUUUAACUCCACUUAUCAUAGGAUCUAUGCAAUUACCAUUAAUUUUUAUGUGGUCAUCUAGUGAUUCUAAUUUAAUUACUUUGCAUAAUAUGUACGAAGGUACUGGUAUUAAUAUCAGAUAUCAAAACGAAGUUUCAUUGAGAGCCAAAGCUAUUGGGCCUGGACUAGCAACCAUUUAUUUAAAUAUUACAAUGCCAUGUAACAUGUUAGCUGGCUUUAAAAGUGAUGUAACUUACACUACCUUUGUAAAAGUUGAAAUCUUCGAAGAAUUGCGUUUGACGCAUCCUGGAUUACCUUCCAAUGUACCAGUAAUAUUGAUGUCCCCGAAUUCUGUUUUGAAAUUGCAAACAAAUCGCGACAAACAUGGUUCUACUACUUACAAAGUAUUGUCAACUAUCCAUGGAAAUGAUUCAGAGGAUACUCAUGCUUUAACUCCAGCAUCUAAAACAGUAACUAUCGACAAAAAUGGCAUCAUAAAAGCUGGCGAAAAUCUUGGAAAAAUAGUUAUUUCUAUUACAAAUACGGAAGCAUAUAAUAUGAAACAAUCAAUUACUGUUAUUGUUGAAGUUAAACCUAUUCAUUAUAUGAUGAUAUCUUUAAAAUCGAUUUUGCGAAUUCGUAAUGGCGAAGAAUUAAACAUGUUACCAAAGGGUAUGGAAUUGGACUAUGCUCUUGAAUAUUACGAUAAUGUUGGAACAAAAUUUCAUGCUGCUGAAAUUAAUGCUAACACUAUGUUGAAUCGCGCUGACCUAGCAUCAUUUACGAUAAGUGCUGAAAAUGCAGUCACUGCAAAAUUCAUUGAAAAUGGAGAUCUCGUUGUAAAGGCAUACAAUGAAAGGUAUCCUAACGGAAUGUUUGAUUACGUGCACAUGAUGAUCGGUGACAUUGUUUUCCCGACAAAGACAACAUUGACAGUGGGGGAUAUAGUAUGUUUCUCGAUGCCGCUUCUUGCUUCUGAUGGCGAUCCAGGCUAUUGGCAAUCUUCAGCUCCAGAAGUAUUAACAGUAGAUCCUAUUACAGGAAUAGGACGAGCAAAAAAUGUAGGAUAUGCAAUUGUGAAACACAGCCUCGCAACUCAUAUGCAGGGUGAAAUAGAAGUCAAUAUACAACCUAUUGCAAAGAUAUCAAUUGUUCCACUGAGGGGUCGAAAUAUUACUGGAACUGAAACGUUCAGCAUUCCGCUUGUACUGAAGAGUAAAGACGAGCAAGUUAAAGAAAACAAUGUACUAUCUAGAGGUUUAGGUGGUUGUAGGACAUUUACAUCAUUCACUUUAAAUUCAUUUCCCUACACGUGUAAUAUACAGUUUGUUUCAUCUACCGCGUCAGUUGGAGUAAAAGACUUGUUUCUUGUUAAGCCACGAUUUGAUAUUACAACAGGCUUUUAUUAUUGUGAUGUAAUACCUAUGGGUUCUCCGAAUAUAGUUUCCAGUACGUUAGAGAGUCGUAUGCAAAUAAAUGCGCAAAACCGAGACAUUGAAGCCGUACCUUUAGAAAUAACGUAUCUUCCACCUGUCUAUAUUGAUGCUAAAGAAAUUGUCUUUUUUAAUACUCAUUCUCAAGUCGUACCAACUGCAACACUUGAGAUAUAUGGUCUGCCAUCCGUAUUAGAUCAUCUUACAAUCGAUGUACCGGAUGGAAUAACUAUAAGUGCCCGACAAUAUAUUUCAAAAUCUACAAUGCAGUACAAAUUACGUUUGAUAAAUAAUCAGGAGGAUAUUCAAGGUCAAAAGGUUAUCGUUGCAAACGAUAUUACAAAGCAAAAUAUAUCUCUUUUCGUGCGCAUAACAAAAUAUGAAAAUUUCAUACCACUAUCUGGAAUUCAUUGGGUGGAUUACAUGUAUUUCCACCGUUACACGUUUGGAACACUUGCUGUUCUUGUAAUUACAUGCUUUUACGUAUGGAAGAACAAAGUGGCAAAUAUCGAUUUAAAUGUUAAAAAUAGGACCGUCUUUGCUGAUAAAUGUCCACCGCAGUUAAAAAAGACUAGUACUCCAUGUUCAACUACCCUAAACAGUACAAAUAUGUCUACACCUCGGAGUCCCGUUACACCGAUAAGACCAUUCUCGGCAUUCGACCCUGUUUACGGCGAUCCUCGUGGUUUUUUCUCAGCAAGCAAGCGAAACAGAUCACUGAAUACCUAAUAAAUACGAUAAUAAAAAAGAAAGACGCAUUCAAUAUAAAAAUACACUGUACUUAUUACGAAGCUAUGACGUAUUAACUAGAUUUGUUUGUAAACAAAUAUUCGAUUGUCAGAAACUGGUGCCUUACUGCCAUAAACUCAUUUUUAUUAGGAGAUUAAUUAGUCUUAGAAGCUAAGGAUUUUUAUGUUUUUAUAUCGACGAUAUGAAUCAAUAUUAAUUUACGAACAUACCACGUUAUGUAUAUUUUGUAAUAUAAAAUUUUAGGUUAUAUCAUUUCAUAAUCGAUAGAAAAAUCCAUGUAGAAGUUUCAUACAGUUGAUUAUAUUUAUUUUAUAAAUUUGAGGUAUAUGGUUCCUAGUCAUAUAGCUGAUAAUUUACGUAAUUAAAGUGAUAUUUAAUUACUCGGUAUACUAUGCAAGGUUUAUCUAAUUUGUCUCGACAAUGAAAUAAUUUUUAAUAUAUUUUGUGACACUCGUUGAUGCCAUACACAUGUAUCAUUUCCAUUAACUUACUAAGGAAGAAAUAGUUAAUAUUGUUUAAGUAUAAGAUUACAUAGACAGCAACAUGUAUUAUAACUGUAAAAAAUAAAGCGAGUUUUAAUAUUUUUUUGUAA